AUGCGUCCUACACUCAUUUUAGGCGCAUUGCACUUGAGUGCGCUGUCUCAUGGCUCGCCCAACAAACGCACGGCCACGGCUACGGAGCAAACUUCAGUCGGACAGCCUUCUACCGCCAAAGAGAAUUUUACAGUGUCCAUCUUGGCCGACACAAAUCGUGACGGCAAGAUCGAUCUCAUGGGCGAGACCGACACUGUCGGCAAAGAGACGUGGACAGACGACGUCGGCGCCCUCUUCCUAGCCAAUAUUGUCGAUACUAACCGUCGAUGCUCCUCUCAAAUCACAGGUACAUGUGCCAGUGAGCUGGGAGCCAUUUUUAACGCGACAUUGCCGCCUGAGACGCCGGUUUUGGACCCUCGUCUUCCAGAUCUGCCCAAAAAUGCAUCGAUGAAGCAGUGGCUCGACAGCCUCGAUGAGAAUCAGAGAUCUCUUUAUGAUGAUUUUCUUUUACAGAAAGAGGAGUACAAGAAGUUUAACGACGUGGAUAGGAAGAUAGCGGCCUGCAACGACGCAUCAGACGAUAUUCUCCGUAAUGCAACCUACCUCGCACCUCUCCGUACUCGACCCAUUCCUGGACUUGGCGAUUCGGCUACGGGAACUAUCACCGUCACUCGCACGCUAGCAGCAUCCAAGGUUCGAUUGUUCUACAAGCAGGAAACCAAUGGUCAAUGGGUUUUCAUCACGUCAAACUAUACCUUUGGGGCACAGGAGCUUAAAGCAGGCCUGGAGCUUGGUAUUGAUGCACGCGACGUUCGCCGCCCCGGCGGCUGGGAUGGCAGAGCUACCGUCCAAUUCAGAGUCAAAGAUCAAGGGAGAGAAGCACAGGAUUUGGUGGCACUCCGAGUGGCACCCGUCUUGACGCAGCAUCACGGCCAGGUCGCUAAGCAGCUACUGACAUCCCAAUUUGAUAACGUUGACGGCAGAGACCCGGCCAACGAGUAUUUUGUGGAGGAAUUUCGUAAGGUCUCAACUUCUCUAGGUCUGCCGAGCCAGGUGCACGCUUUCGAAGGCUGCGAGGAGCUGUGGACGCAGGACUUCUUCGAGCCCGGGUAUAUGAGCAUGCCCGGCCCCAGCGGCCCAGUCAGCCUGCACAUUAUGAUUCGAUCAGCGCAGAACUGGCGUGUAUCUGGACGCAUGGUGUUUCGAGACCUCCGAUCCAACACUGUGGGAGCUGUCCAGCACCUGGCCAACGGUGGUAGCACCGAUUCUACUGGAAAUCUGGAGACUAUACCCCCGUACUCGUAUAAUGGCAAGUCCUACCCGGCCGGCAGAACCGUUCUUGGUAGUCAAACGGAGGAGCCAUACAUGGUCGAAUUUCUAGAGGCUCAGGAAAUACAGGCCCCCAUCCAUCUCAACACUUCGUGGCUUCUCGUUGGACAUACAGACGAAUUCUUUCAGUUCCUUCCGGCAAACAACACGCUCGGCUGGAUCUUGAUGGCGGAUGACCCGCUCGCAGGUCUUGACAUGCUCCUACAAGCUCAGCAGGCGGGCCAUGGCAAAGACAAGGCCGUCUCCCGUCCUCGAGCGCCACAUGACCCCAAAGCGUGGCAUGUCACGACGACCAUUGACGAGCUGCUGGACGACCCUGAAUUUGUUACCCUCCAGAACAAGUCUUCCAAUAGCAUCGCCGACAAUAUCGAAAUUUUGAAGCGCGAGACAGGUCUGACGGACGCCGACAUUAUCCGCCUGCCAGGCUUGUUCGAGCUGGACAUUGGCGACGAGACUAUCGUCCCAAGUCGUUGGAAGUAUGCGGAAAACGCCGAAAACGGCACGAGCCAAGUUUCUUCUCGUCGCGCGGGCGUCGGGAAUAAAAAGAUUCUCAGCGUUUUGGAAGCCGGUACGCCGCCGAGCCACUUGCGGCAGAGUCGACGACGACGACAAAGACGACGAGGCAGCAAGGGAGCUGGAAGCCCGGGACACCGCCGCCAGUCCGGGUUUGAGAAUAAGAACGGGCCGGUUGUUGCACUCUAUCCCGGCACCAUCAACAGCGUCGUGGUGAACAAGAAGCAGAUUAUUGCCGCGAAUCCGUGGGGGCCUGUCAUUGACGGACGCGAUGUCCUGCGCGCCGCGACGGACGAGGCAUACGCUAAGGCGGGCUAUACAGUUCGCUACAUUGAUGACUGGUUCACGCACCACGUACAUGAAGGCGAGGUUCACUGCGGAUCGAAUGCCAUUCGGCAUCUGCCAGGGGACAAGUGGUGGUGA